UUCUUACUUCGGUUCACUGCGCGUGCGUUCGGCGCUGUUCCUUGGUAUCUGGCAUCAGGAAUCGUUGCUUACUCGGAUUGCAUUCCUCUUCAAGGCAUACUGCUAGCUUCUGACACUUUGAAGGCUUGAAAUGAACCGAGCUUCGGAUUAACAAUUUUCGUAGUUGACAGCUUUUCAUUGGCUUUUUUGUGGUCUUUUCCACUACAAUCCUAUUUUUCCAUUAAUAAGUGACUACGUGUGUUCUUAACUAUCCGAUUAUUCAAAUUGUCUUGGAGACCAUAGCUCUUAUUGUGAUUGCUUACGGGUGUCUGAUACACUUCCUUUACUCGACUUCGCAUCGCUUUUACCAACGCCAACCUUGUUGACACCGCCAUCUGCAUUCCAGGUUACUAUCUCGGCCAGUUGGGAGUAUGGGUGAGGUAGAAGCCCUUAUCGGCUUCAAGGAUCUAGCCGAGAAUGAUACGAAAUACGCAUCUCUGCUACACGAUUCUACUUGCCUCCAUGGCCUAGUAUUGCUGCUUUCGAACAAUAAUCACGAGAUUGUGCUGCAUGUGCUGCAGAUCUUGCUCACCUUGUCCAAACGACCUCGUGGUUCAAGCAUCCUGAGUCGUGUUUUGGGUUUGUCUGAACAGCUCAAUUCUUUGAUGAAUCGAACAACAGUACAAGUAGCUAACGAAGAAGACGUGAUCGUUACUCUUGCCAAGCAUCUGUACGAACAAGUUUUUGUCACAAGAGAUGACCGGCUGAAGAAUAAGGAAAUGCUUGAACCUAUGACACACCUAAAGCCGAAGACCGUAGCUCUUCGUCUGUAUGGUGUCCAGCAUGACACUGACAUCGAAGCGAUCCGGCAUGCUCUUCUGAGGAUUCGUGGAGUGGUUAGUAUCACGUUCCAGCUACAUAAAAAUCGUGUUAUCGUUUGCACUGUACCUGAUCUGAAUCCAGAGGUUUUGCUGCAAGCUGUGCGUUCGGCCAGUAGCUUCCACGAUGGCGCGGAUACUGCAAGAGACUCCGCCUUCUCAGAAACGGAUCAGUCAUUUGGGAAAGGAGUCAAAGCCAAGAUAAUCCGAAAGCGUAGCGAAAUUCAUCGGACCGGUUCUUUCAUUCAAGGCCGAAGAGCGACAUCAAGAAGGGAAUCACUGCCAGUGCCUGAAAUGCCAGCCUACUUGGAGGAGAAUGCAGAUCUUUUCGAAGUGGAUGAGAGCCGAGCGGCUCCUAAACUGAGAACACAAGUUUGUACCAAUGACGGAACGGAUGGUGAUGGACUGGUUUCAAGGUUAUCGAGUUUUCUUGAACGUUCAUUUUUCUGGUAAACUUUUGACCUCUUCGUUGCAGUUAUAUUUUUCCAGAUAAAUGCACAGUUUUCAAUGAUAUCAGAUAUUUAUUUCUUAUAAAG